UUGGAGCAGGAGGUUGAGAAGAAUAAUAUCCUGUCUGAAGAGCUUCAGACUCUGGCUACAGAGCAGCACAAACUAGAGCAGUCCGUUGUCAAGGGCUCCUCUCCACGGAGCGCGCUCAGUGAUGAUGAUUUCUACGAUGCUGUGUCUGAUUCGGACUCGGAGCACUCUCUGAGCGUCUUUGAGGGGGUGGCCAGUCAUUCGUUUGACAAGGACGAGGAGAAAGGCUCUGUCCUGUUCAGCAGCAAGCGCAGCAGCCCAACCAGCAUGUCUCUGGAGAAUCACCAUGGCAAUGAGGAGGAGUCCCAACCCAAUGGGAUUGUGAGGCACAGAACAAGUUUACCAGCAUCCAUGUUCUCCAGAAAUGACUUCAGCAUCUGGAGUAUCCUGAGGAAAUGCAUUGGCAUGGAGCUGUCUAAAAUUACCAUGCCAGUGAUUUUUAAUGAGCCCCUGAGCUUCCUUCAGCGUCUGACAGAGUACAUGGAGCACACGUACCUCAUCCACCAGGCCAACGCCUCCUCUGACUCCAUAGAGAGGAUGAAGUGUGUGGCAGCGUUUGCUGUGUCUGCUGUGGCUUCGCAGUGGGAGAGAACUGGGAAACCUUUCAACCCGCUACUGGGAGAGACCUACGAACUGGUCAGAGAGGACCUGGGGUUCAGGUUGAUCUCAGAGCAGGUGAGCCACCAUCCACCAGUCAGUGCGUUCCACGCCGAAGGCCUGAAGAAAGACUUUGUGUUCCAUGGCUCCAUCUACCCCAAACUCAAGUUCUGGGGCAAGAGCGUGGAGGCUGAACCCAAAGGCAUCAUCACACUGGAGCUUCCCAAGUACAAUGAGGCCUACACAUGGACAAACCCUACAUGUUGUGUCCACAACAUCAUCGUGGGGCAGCUGUGGAUUGAGCAGUAUGGCAACGUGGAGGUGCUCAACCACAAAACUGGAGAAAGAUGCUGUUUGAAUUUCAAACCCUGUGGCCUUUUUGGCAAGGAAUUGCACAAAGUUGAAGGCUACAUUCUGGACAAAAGCAAAAAGAAGGUCUGUUCUCUCUACGGAAAGUGGACAGAGUGUAUGUACAUUGUGGAUUAUGCUGCAUUGGAGGCACAUAAGAGAAGUGGGAAGGGGACAGCGGAAAAGAAAAGCAGCACACCGGGCUCUCGUGAGGAAUUGGAGGAGAUCCCCCUACCAGAGGCUGACACAGUCAAGGUCAUCCCAGGCAGCUAUCUCCUUUGGAGGAUAGCCCCCAGACCAGUCAACUCUACAGAGAUGUACAGCUUCACGUCGUUUGCCAUGCAACUGAACGAGCUGGAUAAAGAUAUGGAUGGGCUCAUCCCAAAGACAGACUGCAGGCUUAGGCCAGACAUACGAGCCAUGGAGAACGGAGAUAUUGAUCUUGCAAGUGAGGAGAAGAAGAGACUAGAAGAGAAACAGAGAGCUGCAUGUAAAACCCAUUCCAAAUCUGAUGACGAGUGGAAAACAAAAAACCCUUCCCUCGGCCCCAGGUGGUUUCAACAGGGCCAGAAUCCCCACAAUGGCUCCCAGGACUGGUUGUUCUCCACUGGGUACUGGAACCGCAACUAUCCCCUGUUACCUGAUAUUUACUGAUGGACAUUAAUUCCUUGAAUAGUGAGAUUGAUUCUUAUCCACGUCAACUUCCUUAUCUAUCAUGAAUACAUUAAAGCCUUAAUUUAUUACAAUGAAUACACUGUGUAUGAAAAUAGCAAUAAUAGAUGUAUUUGUGAUACAAAAUGUUCAGCUGUUAAACAUGCUUGAUAUGAAUGUAGCAUCUAUAUUAGGUCACAUGUUCCAUGCAGCCAUCAUUUUAUUAUUACUUUUUAGCAUAAAUGGAUCUGUGUGUUCUAAUUAAGCAAUAUGGCACGAGGGGGUGUGGUAUAUGGCUAUGGGCUGUGUCCUUGCACGA